AUGUUUACAUCUUUAGGUCAAAUGCGAUCGCGUAUAUCCAUGCACACACUGCAUCAAGACCAAGGCGCAAUGCAUUUUUCCUUCUGGUCAAAAGCCAAGGGCAAAACGUCAACGCGUUCUAAUAUCCAGCAUCUAGUGAGUCCAUCUGGACGGCUCUUACUGGCUGAGCUGACCACGUCAACAUUCGACAGCGAGAACAAGAUUGACCGCAUCGUCAACAGAAUUGAAGAACUCAAUCAAACGAUACAACAAUUGAGCAUAACUCAACCUGGUCCCAAGUAUCAUGGCACAGCCCUCAAUCCGCAGACAUCUCAGACCGCCCACCGUCCGACGCCUGCAUCUUCACAGCCAACUCCCUCCGACCCCAGCUUCGUCAGCCAAUCCCCCUCAUGCUCUUCCAAGCCAGAGUACGAGGGCGAGUCGUCCCUGUUCGCCCACGCUGUCUUUGCCACCAAGUUUCUCCAAAACUCGGUCAACAGCAACUCGCCGUCCGAGGUUGCCCUCGAGAUGACGUCUGUUCUCAACGCCCUCAGAGGUGUAAUAGAUGCCCAGAAGCAGCAGUCCGACACCAUUGAGAAUCUUUAUCCAAAUGCUCUACCGCUUCCUCCAGGGGCUAGUCUCCGUCAACUUCCCAUGCCUUCCACUGAAAAGGCGAUGGCCUGUCUCAGAAUGGCUCAAGGUGGGUUUGCGCCAGACAAAAAGUCCCAGACAACUGACGCCUUCAAAGACAGCACCCCGAUCCAGAUCCUCUGGCUCAUGGAUCUUCAGACGAUACCCGAGUUCACCACGCAUUUCAUCAAAGUAUGCUCUCCGGGACCAGUCACUGAGGCAGAUCUCAUCAUCUUCUACCUGGGUUUGUAUUGGCUUUUUUGCGAGUGUGUCAACGCAGUGGGAGAUGAAAACCUCAAGAAAGACUACAUGACCCAGUCCAUCAUAUGUCGAGAUAGUCUCGAGACAGUUCUCUCUAGGCUUCCUUUUCAUAUGCCUGCAACGCUAGAGCACGUACUAGCCUUGUGCAUGGCAUCAUUGUACUGCAUUCAAAGGUGCAAGCCUUCCGCAGCAUGGAACUUUAUAUGCGCAGCCACCAAUCUCAGCCAGUCCCUCGGUCUUCACAGCAGCGUGAUGCUGGACCAAGAAACGACAGAGUCAAAAAAUCAAAAGACUCGACUCUUUUGGUGCAUCUACACGACCGAGAAGAUGCUGGCCCUCCGCAUCGGCCGCUCCUCCACAAUCCGAGAAAAUGACAUUACCGUCCCGAGUAUGACCCCCGAGGUGCUGAACGAUCCUUUCUUCAGCCACAGUUUUUUCAGCCAGGCAUUCCCCGUCUGGAUCGGAAUGUCAACCCUGCAAGGUCGGGUUUACGAUGAGAUUUACAGCCCGGCUUCUCUCGCGCAGCCGGCAAGCGUUCGCACCGCACGAGCGAGAGCCUUGGCCGACGAGACCAAAAGAUUGAUGGCGGUUGAGGAUGACCUACAGAUUAAAUGUGAAGAUCAAGUGUCUCGCAAACUUGGCACUGUCUUGAGCCAACUCUGCUUCCGCAGCGAGCGGGUUACUAGCCUCUCCAUGCUCACCCUCAUAUACCGAAGCAUUCCCCCCGAUAAGCCUGGUGGUUCGGUGUUUUGUGACGAAUGCAUCGCCACAGCUAGACAAGCAGUCAAAGAGCAUGAGAAGUGUGUUGAAAUCUUUACUAGCACGGAGAAACAGUCAAACUAUUUCUUGCUAUAUGUCAACUGGACACUUCUCCAAUCCCCAUUCAUCCCAUUUAUCGUCUUGUUCUGUCACAUGAUAGAGACAUCUGAUCCAUCCGAUCUGCCCUGUCUGCGAGAUUUGGUCCACAUACUCGAGACAGUGACGGAACCUUCUCAGUACUCGAUGUGUCAGAAGCAGCUGAGCAUAUUUAAGGCUCUCUACGACGUCGCGGUCAAAUAUUUCAACAUCAGAGCCGCUGCAACACCAGAAGCCAUGCUUGAUACGAGAGGCACAGGGUCAGCAGGUUAUUGCACGCCAAACCCAAAAUUACCCUCGUCAGUGCCGCAGAUGGGGGCAAGCAAUCAGAACAUGGCAAAUUUGUCAAGUAUGCUACCUUUUUCGAGCAGUGGACAGCCUGUUGAUGCGGCACAAGGUCAAAUGCCCAUGUACGAAUCAAGGACCAACCAAUUUGAGCCGGGAGAGUUCGACAUGGGGAUAGAUCAACCCAGUGCAGAGUUGGCGACGUGGUUCUACGCGAAUCACCACAUGAUGAGGAUGCUAGAGGACACAUAG